AUGCCUGCGUGUGGGCGGUUUUUGUUGUUGUACGUUUUCUUAGUCAUUUUCUGUCUUGCUCUUUGCCCCUACUCAUUGUGGGUCAAGCUAACUUCUGGAUUCCAUAAUUGCCUUAAACUGGCGAACCUUGAAGUUUUUUUAAAGUCAUCUACUCUUUACGUGAUCACACGCAAGUAUUUUUUACGUAAUACCAACUUUGAUAAUUCCACCUCACAACAUUGUGUGAGCAUCGGUUCUGAUGUUAAUUUGCACGACUAUGAACCUAUGCGUUCGCUGAUUCACAGCACACAAAGUCGUGUUAAUGACUAUGUGAAAUUCGCCAAUGCUGGUUCAGUUGAAUGUGCUAGUCUUUGUAAGGAAGCGAAGAUGAGCAUGAUUCUGGCAGUUAAACAUCAAGCUGCUGGUCAUUCUGAAAUGGCUUUGAAAUUAUUGAAACACGCAGCAGAGCUGGACCCUAAAAACUCCGAUAUUCUUAACCUUCUGGGUGAGGCAUUUGAGAAAUUGUGGAUUACGUCGAAGGGAAAUAAAAUUAACUCAGCUGUACUCAGUUACGAUGAGCUUAUUACUUCCAUGAGUCCCGACCAAGUGGAAAGCAUUGUAACUGCGGAUUCACUAUAUACCAAGGCGCUUAUCAGUGAUCCUGCCAACACUCGAGCAUCAAAUAAUAGGCGAAGGACUUUGCCAAUAGUAGAAAAAAUAGAUCGACAACGUUUCCAGAAAAUAGACUUAAAAGUUGUGCGUUUUUACCUUGUUCCGGAAUCUGAUCCCGGACUAAAGAAAGCGAAAAUUGAGCAUUACUUUCAACAUAUUUAUCAUUCUAAUGCCAUCGAGGGGAACACACUAUCUCUAGCUCAGACUAGAGCUGUUUUAGAAACGCGUUUAGCCAUUGGUGGAAAAAGCCUGCAGGAACAAAAUGAGAUUCUUGGCUUAGAUGCAGCAUUCAAGUAUCUUAACACAACAUUACUCAGUGGUUCUGCAUCACCCAUUUCGCUGUCCGACAUAUUGGAACUGCACCGGAGAGUUUUAUCUUUUAUUAACUUGGCUGAGGCUGGUCAUCUGCGACAAACGCAAGUCUUUGUAGGUGACCAUAUUCCACCUCCAGCAAACAUGUUACCCGAUUUAAUGCAAGAGCUUGUUGACUGGAUCAAUUCCGACGAAGCAGCGGCCAUGCAUCCUAUUGAGUUGGCCGCCUUAGCCCACUGGAAACUCGUAUACAUUCACCCUUUCUACGACGGCAACGGACGAACAUCUCGACUUGUUAUGAAUCUUCUUCUCAUGAGGGCCGGCUUUCCUCCGGCAAUUGUGAGGAAAGACGAUCGGCACAUCUAUUAUGAAACCCUGAAAGCUGCCAAUUCGGGUGAUGUGAGGCCUUUUAUUCGGUUUAUUGCCGAAUGUGCGGAAAGGGCCGUCGACGAUUACCUCAAAGCAGCUUUCGGCACAGCCACCUCUGAGAUUGAAAAGAAAAUUGUUAUAUCCUCGAAUCGGCCUUCUUUGUAUCAGCUGGGUCCGCUCGCUCAGUGUAUUCCAGCUCUCCACUUCCCCUGGAUGCCGCACGAACGCACCGUAGGACAGCCUAACAUCAUCUACAGCACCAUGAUUCUGGGCUUGAGUCCCCCCUUCAUCAAGCUUUAUCGUCAUCUUCUUUGCGAAUACGACAGUAGAGUUUCUCUCUUUCUUUCAUCAAAUAAUUUUCUUUUACAUGAAACCGAGGAUCAUCGUUUCAUAGAAUUACUUUAUCGAAUCUGUCGCGAUAUAUUCACUAUGAAACCCCCCCUUUCACUGACUCAAUUUCUCACAAAUUCAUUCGCGGGACAGAAACUUAAGAUGGCUACCGAAAUCGUAAAGGCGGUUGGCGAACUUCAAAAAGAUCUCCGCAGAAAGGCACCAAAGAACCGCGAUGUGCUUAGCUUGAUAUGUUCCCCCUCCGCUGGUCCGGGAGGGAUUCGCCAGAGAGCAUCUCAAGGGGCGUGUGGUGAUGGCGCAGGCGGGGCGGUGCGUGGCGUAGGCACGACCUUCCCCCGAUCCUCGCAGCAGAAUCAGCUGUCUUCUACUCAGCAAACGCGACUCCUCAUUCCGCCUCAACAAGCUGACGCCAUUUCGUCUCCAACAACAGACGCGGAAUCACUGUGCGCAGAUGAUCGUUUGAGCCCUGACCAUCUGCACAGAGGCACAUUGUUAGCAUUCCCUCUGCAGUCAAAGCCAAAGCCGGGUUCUUCUCCGAGUAUUGUUAAAGAUUCAUUGGGUUGUGCAAAGAAUGAGUACCUGCCCGGCCUUUUGACCACCCUCAACACGCUCUCGAACCAGCUCUCUCAAAUUGUUGAUCGAGUUGCCGGAAUUGAGUUGCGCGUGUGUGCCAUCGAGAAGCCUAUUCGAGAAGCUGCUACAAAUCAAGCCGGUCCCCUUGUGGAUAAGGAGAAAUUGAAGUCCAAGGAAAAGCUUACUCCUCAUGAUAGCAGACGGACGGACCCUCACGAUAUCACUGGUCUGUCGCCUGAUUCGGCGGAUCGAUCGGAUCGUGUACAUUCGGACGAAGCUACGCCGAGGCCCCACUUGAAUAUUUUAUAUCCACCAAUAGAGGAACAAUUAGUUUACUGGAGAAGUCGGCACCCACAAGACCAACUUAGUGUCGCCGCGCUCAUCAGCUGCUUUUUGCAGUCACUUUCAGAAACGAGUGCUUCAGUGGAAAUUAACGACCCUUUGCUGUCGAGCAUCAACACAUCUGCCGCUUUUUCUGGUAGAUGCCAACUCCAGGAUGUACCUGAUGCUUCGAUUUCUGGUCGUUAUUCUCCGAGGGUUUCCAUCCAUAAGGAAGAUUGUAAUGCCGGAUCUACAAACCCAAUCACCGAAGCCCAAGCCGUCCUUACUGUAGUUAACAAUCCCGUGUUUCGACAGACUUUCGAGCAAGGCGCCCCAAUCCACCAGAGAGGCGGUCCGAACAGUCCUCUUCAACCUUUCACUGAACCCCUUCAUGGCAAGGCUCUACCUCAGAGCCUUGCUACCGCAGCCUUUCACGAGCUGAGCUUGUUUAUCUCUAUUCCAAUCCGACAGAAGUACUACAGCAAUGUAAUGCUUGCGGUGCAGCUUAGCAACUGCGCCUGA